GACUCCAGAAAGUACUACCACAGAGACCACAACAACAGAAAGCACAACAACGGACAUUACGACAACAGAAAGUACCACAACUGGUACCACAACUCCAGAAAGUACAACAGUGGAAACCACAACAACAGACACUACAACAACAGAAAGUACCAGCACCGUUACCACAGCUCCAGAAAGUACAACAACAGACACUACAACAACAGAAAGUGAAACCACUGGCACCACAACUCCAGAAAGUACUACUACAGAGACCACAACAACAGAAAGCACCACAACGGACAUUACGACAUCAGAAAGUAGCACCUCUGGUACCACCAGUCUAGAAAGUACAACAGCAGAGACCACAAUAACAACAGACAGCACCACAAUGGAUACUACAACAACAGAAAGCACCACCACUGGUACCACAACUUCAGAAAGUUCAACAGCAGAAACUUCAACAACAACUGAAAGCAUCACAACCGAUACUACAACUACAGAAAGCACAACUGAAUCCACAACAACAGAAAGUACAACAAUAACAGAAAGUACCACGAUGGGUAGUCCAACAACAGAGAGCACUACCAUCGUUACCACAACUCCAGAAAGUACAACAGUGGAAAUCACAACAACAGACGCUACAACAUCAGAAAGUUCCACCACCAUUACCACAACUCCAGAAAGUACAACAGCAGAGACCAAAAUAACAACAGACAGCACCACGAUGGAUACUACAACAACAGAAAGCACGACCACCGGUACCACAACUUCAGAAAGUUCAACAGCAGAAACUUCAACAACAACAACUGAAAGCAUCACAACAGAUACUACAGCUACAGAAAGCACAACUGAAUCCACAACAACAGAAAGUACCACCACCACUACCACAACUCCAGAAAGUACAACAACAGAAAGCACCACAAUGGAUACUACAACAACAGCAAGCACCACGACUGGUAGCACAACUCAAGAAAGUACAACAACAGAGACCACAACAGCAGAAAGCACCACAACAACAGACAGCACCACAAUGGACACUACAACAACAGAAAGCACCACGACUCCAGAAAGCACCACAAUGGAGACUACCACAAAAGAAAGUGCAACCACUGGCACCACAACUCAAGAAAGUACUACCACAGAGACCACAACAACAGGAAGCACCACAACGGACAUUAUGACAACAGAAAGUACCACCACUGGUACCACCACUCUAGAAAGUACAACAGCAGAGACAACCGUAACAACAGACAGCACCACAAUCGAUAUUACAACAACAGAAAGCACCACCACCGGUACCACAACUUUUGAAAGUACAACAGCAGAAACUUCAACAACAACUGAAAGCAUCACAACCGAUACUACAACUACAGAAAGCACAACUGAAUCCACAACAACAGAAAGUACCACGAUGGGUAGUACAACAACAGAAAGCACCACCACUGGUACCACAACUCCAGAAAGUACAACAGCAGAAACUUCAACAACAACUGAAAGAAUCACAACAGAUACUACAACUACAGAAAGCACAACUGAAUCCACAACAACAGAAAGUACCACGAUGGGUAGUACAACAACAGAAAGCACUACCAUCGGUACCACAACUCAAGAAAGUACAACAACAGACGCGACAAAAACAGACAGCACCACUAUUGAUACAGCAACAACAGGAAGCACCACCAUCGGUACCACAACUUCAGAAAAUACAACAACGGAGACGGCAACAUCAGAAAGCACCAAAACAGAUGGAACAACAGACAGCACCACCAUCGGUACCGAAUAAAAAUACAUUUUAAAUGAAUGGAAACGGUAACAAUCCAUGAGUGCUGUUUUACUAUUAUUUAUGUUAUUUUAAAUAACUAAUCUUAUAAUUUAAAUCAUCCUUCUGUAACCAUAUGUGAAGAUUUUGCAUUAUAUAUAAUAAUUAAUUAAUGAAUUAAUUAAGUUAUCCUUACAUUACACUGAUAAAAUAUCUAAAGAAUCAAGAAUAUAUCCACAGCAUAAAAUUGAAGUGUUCAGGAGUAAGUAGAAAGUACCACAACAGAGACCACAACAAGCACCACCAGCAGCACCACAAUUCCAGAAAGUACAACAACAGAUACCACAGCUGCAAAAGCACCACAACAACUAAAAGCACCUUAAAAGUCACUACAAUAGAAAGUAUCACCAAUGGUACCACAACUGCAGAAAGUACAACACUACAAAGCAUGUAAAAUGUAAAAAUCACUUCAGUGUGUUCGU